AUGUUCUACGCAAUCGGCCUGGGUCUGGCAGACGAAAAGGACGUGUCGGUCAAGGGUCUCGAGAUCAUCAAGCGCGCCGAGCGUGUCUAUCUCGAGGCCUAUACCGCCGUCCUGCUCGUCGAGAAGGAAGUCCUGGUACGCGCUCUCGCUGCCGACAUGCGCAAACACGCACUAAUCGCAAUCGCAGUAGNNGAAGCUUACUAUGGCCGCCAAGUAAUCAUCGCCGACCGCGAGAUGGUCGAAUCAUUCUCAGACGAGAUCCUCGAAGGCGCCGAUAAGGUCGACAUUGCCUUUNUGGUCGUUGGCGAUCCCUUCUCAGCUACCACUCACACCGACUUCAUCAUCCGUGCCCGCGAGAAGAACAUUCCUACACGCAUCCUGCCCAACGCCUCCAUCCUGACUGGCGUCGGCUGCACCGGUCUGUCGCUUUACAACUUUGGUCAGACCGUCUCCAUGGUCUUCUUCACAGACAACUGGAAGCCUGCAAGUUACUACGACCGCGUCAAGGAGAACGUCGCCCUGGGUCUGCACACUCUGGUCUUGCUUGACAUCAAGGUCAAGGAGCCCAACCUCGAAUCUCUGGCCAGAGGCAGAAUCGUCUACGAGCCCCCACGCUUCAUGACCGUCGCCCAAUGCGCCCAACAGAUGAUCGAGACCGAGGAAGAGAAGGGUGAGGGCAUUUGCUCAAAAGACAGACUGGCUGUUGGUGUAGCCCGCGUCGGCGCCGACGAUCAAGAAAUUGUCGCCGGCACUCUGGAGCAGCUGGCCGAGGCUGACUUGGGCAAGCCCCUGCACAGUCUGGUCCUUAUUGGAAAGCGCAUGCACGACAUGGAGAAGGACUACGUUCGCGAGUACGCCGUCGACAAGAAGGUCUUUGAUGAGGUCUUCGCAAGGGACUACCACCAGUCGUAG